UCAAUCAUACACUAAAAAUACAACCUACAAUAUACGAUCGGUAACUAACGAAUCUAAGUAGAGGCCCCUAAUAUUCUGAGGCCCUGUGCCGGAGGGCGGGCUAGCACACCCUCUUGGCCGGCCCUGUUAGGACUUACUCUUUACUAUAUGUUAAUACUAAAUUGGGCUUACUCGCUUGGCAAGAAGUACUUCCGGUCGAUAGAAAGCACUCCUUGAAGGAGAGUAGUACGGCCGUUCUCCAGUAGUUGAAAGGUUCCUCGAUAGAGAUAGCAGGGAGUCCGGUUUGAUCUAGUCCAUGGCGAGAAUGUUGACAUCGGUAAAAUCCGGACUGAUCCCACUUGAAAUAACAGCCCGUGCAAGCAAAUAUUGGACUGACGGUUUAGUUAUCUUCUCUUCUGUUAGCAUGAACAUGAGAUGACUGGACAAGAGAGAAUAAAGAUCUCCUCGAGAGAAGACUUCGAACAACGUCCAUAGAGUCUCUGCACCUAUCUUGUUUUAUUCUAUCUUUAGGAAUUUUUUUUCGGAAAACAGGAUUUGGCUCAGGAUUGCCCCUUUGUUAAUUCCAGGGUUUCUUUGAAUUUGAAAGGUAUCACUUACUCGAAAUCUCACUUAUCAUAUUCCAUUGUGGAAGACGCAAUUUUUUCUGAAGAAUUUGCCAUGAUAUAUCUCAUUCAUGCAUAAUAUAAUGAAAAAUGGAUACAAGAGAUAGUCGCACGUAAUGACAGAUCACAGCCAUAUUAUUAAAAGUUUGUGGUAAGAAGGGGUUUCGUUCUAGUUCCCGAAAAUAAUAUUCCAAAGCUUUUGUGUGUUCUCCAUUACUUGUGUGAAACCGAGCCUUGAAAGCGUUCGUCGUAUGGCUGACCGCCGAUUACUAGCGAUUCCGGCUUCAUGUCAUGAGCUGUCCCGUAAUAAAACCUGUUGUUGCUGAUACCUUCUUCUCGGUUCCUUCUUCUCCUUCUUCUAUAACCCGAGCUCGGAGAAGGAAGUGCGCAAAGCGAAGGGGAAAGCCCAGACCAGAACCACUAUGCUUCAGGGUCCUCACUCAUCACAUCCUGGGGUUGAAGAAGGUCCCAAGGGUUCAGUUGUUCGCCGAUUCAACCCUCGAAAAAGUUCGGGAUGCCGCUUACCAUAGACUCAUCCCACCAAUCAAACUAACCAUGAAGGAAGCUUUGAACAUUGUAUCUCUUGUUGGGCACUAUUUGACAGGUGCAUUGCCAUAAAUUGAAGUUCCACCAAUAAAGAGUGCUUUGACGGCCUCUGCUUGCCCGUCCGCCUCCUGCUUGCUUAAGCAGGCAGGUCUCAUAGUAAAGAGAGCUCCAACAAGCUUCGCCUCUGGCUUGCCCGUCCACCUCCUACUUGAGGUCUCGUAGUAAAGACCCUUGAAAACCGAGCCUUAAGCAAGUAGGAGGUGGACGGGCAAGUAGGAGGCGGAGCUUGUCUGUGCUUGUAAGACUCUAUCUCAACACCUAACCUUUGUGCUUUAACCCUCUACCUCUGCGCUUUUCCUACCCUCAGUGCUUUAAGACUCUACCUCUGUGUUUUUCCUACCCUAAUAGGUAGUUUACAACAUUUUCUUAUCUGGCUUCCUAGUCGUUCAUGCAUCACACCCGUGAUGCACUCACUCCCUGCUCCCUUCGCCUAUAUCGUAGUAAAAGCUAGAAUGCAUAAUUGGCUUGUAGGAGAUAGAUAAGAAGGAUUGACGCCAAGACGGAGAUGCAAGCUUGAUGUCUGUCUCUGCCUCACUGUAAGGCUUUCAGGGUGAGAUGCCAUUUCUAGUGGCAUGUCCUGUGAGUCGAGGUAAGGAGCUAGUCAGGGCAUUCAAACGUCGGAUUAGUCUAACUCGGUCAAUGCAUGGAUUAAUGUAUGAGUUCUUUCCUUCUCGAUAGCGGGUGUUUGCCUCAGUAGUGGUUAAUUCUACUGCUGAAGCGAAUGUUUGACAUAGCACUUGUUCUAAAAACACCGUAACAAUCCCAACUCUGAGAGGAAGCCAACAUUGACUGACUUUCAUGGUUAAGAUUCGACAAAAAAGAAGAAGAACCAACAAGAUAAGAUCGAGCGGUCCCUGCUCCUCUCUAACUAAGAGGAGAAGCAGAACUUUUUCAAAAGCCUUGUUGUAUCAUCCUAUCAGUCAUGGUAACAGAUUGAGUCUCUCUCUUUCGGUAGCUGGGUCGACUCUUUGUGAUCGAACAACUGAGCAAUCUAAAGUUCUUAUCCGUACGUGGGAUAGACUCUAUUCCUCGCCUCCUUGACGCUGGAAAAGUGUUAUCAGAGCUCGUUUACCUAGGAGACCAAGCAAUUGAAUGUGAGGCCUACAGACUGUGGUUUGGUACGGUUUCGGUUUAACUGCAAAACCGCAACCGUUUUCUUAUGCCUAAGCGAGUGGUGUGUUGGGUUUUUCGGAUUGAGACUAUUGGAGAAAAGUUGAAUUAAUUAUCUAAUUCCUUUUCUUAUACGAAAACGAAACAUUGGAGGAUAAUUAAUAUCGGAUUGCAUUUUAAUUACUAUCAUAAUUAACAUGAUUUAUUGCC